AUGGGGAAUUCCUUGAAUAAAUCUUCUCAGAAGCCGGUAAAUAAUUACCAUGAACUCCGUCCACAGAUCGAUGACAAUGAGAAAGACAGAAGACAUCUCGCUCACAAUAUUGUGCGAGAGAUGUUUGGAGGAAAUUUCUCUGCACCCGUGGAAGAUAUCCUGCAAACUAGAAAUGCUCAAGUUCUGGAAGUCGGAUGCGGCCCUGGAACCUGGGUCUUAGAAAUGUCGUCCGAUUACCGUGGAAAUACAUUUAUUGGGCUAGAUAUGUUGUCCCUGGCUCCCGAAACGAAGCCUUUUUGCGUUCAAUUCGUUAUCGGUGACAUCUUAAAGGGAGGACCCGAAACAAUGCGAGUAUUCAACAGCCUCAUAAAUACCUUAAGGCCAAAAGGGGUUAAUCCUUCGAUUGUACUUCGAGUUCCCGAAUUCAUGCAAAAUAUGAAUCUCGAGGAUAUUCAGACGGUGAAGAGGGUUUUCCCGGGAAAUCCUGGGGUGGAAGAUUAG